AUGAACUCCAGAUGCAAACCAAAGCAACUUGACUACAAGCCUCCUGCUUAUGUCCCAAUUACCGAGUGUCAACCUGAAGUGGAUUGGGUGCAGCCAGACAGCACCGUACCAGCCUCGGAUGUUGUUACACGCGUCAGAGCUAACCUCAAGGUCUGCCGUCCCUCUGACGACAUUGGCCUGCAGCCGGAUUACAACGAUACUACAGGGAGCUUGCAAAAUUCCAUACGGUGGCUUCAUGCAAGUUACGUCCAAAUUUGCACAAAUGUAAAUUGCCUCCUCAUGGUAGGAGCUGACUGUCCGAAGCUGACUGCCGCCGCCUUAUCCAUCAGCGAGUUCAAUUUGACUACGACCGCUCAGAACGACUUUUUCUUGACUGGUUCAGAGGGCUUGUCUUCAUUCUAUCGAACCCCCAUCGGUCACCCUGACCAACAUGCGGAUCAAAUGUAUAUGCUCAGCUAUCAAGUCUAUUCACGAGUAGAUCCGCCUUACAAUGCUUGCUGCGUUGCACUGGCAGAGUUGGGGGCAUACUAUUGGCCGCAGAUGACCCGUAUCAGACAGGCCUUGAACCAGCUCACGAUGACAUGCUUUGGAGAAUCAGCGGCGUCAACGUGCCAACCGACAAAGCUGGAUGGCAUGCCUAACAAGCUGACGGACUGCCGCACCGAUACGCAAUACGUGCUGAGACAACUCAGAGAGCCAACGCCGGAUUCAUAUGAGGAAUGA